UCCAGUAUUAUAUCGCAUAAACGGAUGGAAAAUGUUCAACAACUGCACACCAUUGAAGAGAAAUCGAAAUUUUUCUUACUAAAAAAGCGUUGGCAAAUCGCGAUUAUGGCUUGCUUGGGUUUUAUAGUAGCAUUUGGGAUUCGAUGCAAUUUCGGUGCUGCGAAAGGAAGAAUGAUUAAUAAUUUUACGGAUCCAUUUGGACAAAAUUUUUCACAGCAGUUUUUUUGGACAACAACAGAACUUGGAAUAUUAGAAAGCGCCUUUUUCUACGGUUACGCUAUUACCCAAAUUCCCGGUGGUAUGUUGGCAGCUAAAUUUGCUCCGAACAGAUUAUUCGGCUUUUCGAUAUUAAUUACCGCCAUACUGAAUAUAUUUUUGGCAUUAGCACUUACGGCUCAUCCACAAAUGGAUUAUAUAGUAAUCACUAUUCAAGUGUGUCAGGGAUUGUCAUUGGGAAUUAGUUAUCCGGCAAUGCAUGGUGUUUGGCGAUAUUGGGCGCCUCCAAUGGAGCGUUCUAAAUUAGCAACAACGACUUUUACUGGUGGUUAUAUUGGUGUAAUGGUUGGUCUUCCACUUUCUGCAUACCUCGUUUCCUACAUCGAUUGGUUUGCACCAUUCUAUUUCUUUGGCAUUAUCGGUAUCAUUUGGGCAGUGCUUUGGUUUUUUAUAAGUGCACCAACGCCUGCAACCUGUCGUCAUAUCAAAGAGGACGAAAGAAAAUAUAUAAUUGAACAUGUGGGAAAAGUAUCAUCCUCACCACUAACGACCAUUCCAUGGAAGUCAGUUAUUUUUUCUCCGGCUGUAUGGGCUAUCGUUAUUUGCACAUUCUGUCGUUCAUGGACUUUUUUUUUGUUAUUGGGUAAUCAACUAACAUAUAUGGCAGACGUUCUUCAUUUAAAAAUUCAGAACGGUGGUAUAAUAUCUUCAUUACCGCAUUUACUAAUGUCUCUUGUCGUGCUAUUUGCUGGUCAGUUAGCGGAUUAUCUGCGAUCUACAGGAAAACUAUCAACUAUAGCGGUCAGAAAGGUUUUCAAUACUUUAGGUUUUGCUGGUGAGGCAGUGUUUCUUUGUUGCUUGGCUUUUGUCAAUAAUCCAACUUUGGCAAUAAGCAUACUGGUACUUGCAGCAGGUUUCAGUGGAUUUGCUAUUACAGGAUUCAAUGUAAAUCAUUUCGAUAUAGCACCUCGUUAUGCACCAAUAUUAAUGGGCCUUUCGAAUGGAAUUGGAGCUCUUGCUGGAAUCAGUGGAUUCGGUACAGAUGCCGGAUGGCGAUCAGCAUUUUUGAUUGCGACGGUUGUUGAUAUACUGGCAGUAAUAACAUUCUUAGUGUUUGGUAGAGGUGAACUUCAAGAGUGGGCGAAAGAAGUGGAACGAGAACAAAGCAUGCAAGAAGUUGUUAGAAAACUGUGUAAGUUAUUUUACGAUAUUACAUCGAAAACCAGUAUCAUUACGAAAGACCCAACUGUUUAA